GCGUUGGCGUGCGGCGCGCUUUGCACACGUUGCACCUUGUCGCUUCCAGUCUGUCUGCCGUGUGGCUUCAGCGUCCCGACUGUGUGAGCCUACAGACCCGAGGCGAUGGCGAAGCUCUGUCUCACGGUGAAUCCCGGAGACCCUCCCCUGGAAGCGUUGCUGGCAGUAGAACAUGUGAAAGGUGAUGUCAGCAUUUCUGUUGAAGAAGGAAAGGAGACUCUUCUUCAUGUUUCUGAGAAUGUGGUGUUCACAGACAUAAAUUCCAUACUUCGCUAUUUGGCCAGAGUUGCCACUACAGCUGGGCUCUAUGGCACUAACCUGAUGGAACAUACUGAGAUUGACCACUGGUUGGAGUUCAGGUCUACAAAAUUACCUUCAUGUAAUUUGUUUACUUCUGCCAUCAACGAGCUUAAUCAUUGCCUGUCUUUGAGAACAUACUUAGUUGGGAACUCCUUGACCUUAGCAGAUCUAUGUGUAUGGGCCACCUUAAAAGGAAGUGCUGCAUGGCAAGAACAAAUGAAACAGAACAAGGCUCCAGUUCAUGUAAAACGCUGGUUUGGUUUUCUUGAAGCCCAGCAGGCCUUCCAGUCAGUAGAUACCAAGUGGGAUGUUUCAACAAGCAAAGCUAAAGUGGCACCUGAGAAAAAACAAGACGUUGGGAAGUUUGUUGAGCUUCCAGGUGCAGAGAUGGGAAAGGUUACUGUCAGAUUUCCUCCAGAAGCUAGUGGUUACUUACACAUUGGGCAUGCAAAAGCUGCUCUUCUGAACCAGCACUACCAGGUUAACUUUAAAGGGAAACUGAUCAUGAGAUUUGAUGACACAAAUCCUGAAAAAGAAAAGGAAGAUUUUGAGAAGGUUAUCUUGGAAGAUGUUGCAAUGCUGCAUAUCAAACCAAAUCAAUUUACUUAUACAUCAGAUCAUUUUGAAACUAUAAUGAAAUAUGCAGAGAAACUAAUUCAAGAAGGGAAGGCUUAUGUUGAUGAUACUCCUGCUGAGCAGAUGAAAGCAGAACGUGAACAGAGGAUAGCAUCCAAACAUAGAAAUAAUUCUAUUGAGAAGAAUCUACAAAUGUGGGAAGAAAUGAAAAAAGGAACUCAGUUUGGUCAGUCCUGUUGUUUGCGAGCAAAAAUUGACAUGAGUAGUAACAAUGGGUGCCUGAGGGACCCAACACUUUACCGCUGCAAAAUUCAGCCACAUCCAAGAACUGGGAGUAAAUACAAUGUGUAUCCAACAUAUGAUUUUGCCUGUCCUAUAGUUGACAGUAUUGAAGGAGUUACACAUGCCCUGAGAACAACAGAGUACCAUGACAGAGAUGAGCAGUUCUACUGGAUUAUUGAAGCUUUAGGGAUAAGAAAACCAUAUAUCUGGGAAUAUAGUCGCCUAAAUCUCAACAACACAGUGCUGUCCAAAAGAAAACUCACAUGGUUUGUCGACGAAGGACUAGUAGAUGGAUGGGAUGACCCUCGAUUUCCUACAGUCCGUGGUGUUUUGAGAAGAGGAAUGACAGUUGAAGGACUGAAACAGUUUAUUGCUGCUCAAGGCUCCUCACGUUCUGUUGUGAACAUGGAGUGGGACAAGAUCUGGGCAUUUAACAAAAAGGUUAUUGAUCCGGUGGCCCCACGGUAUGUUGCAUUACUAAAGAAAGAAGUGAUACCAGUGAAUGUCCCAGAAGCACAGGAGGAGAUGAAAGAAGUAGCAAAACACCCAAAGAAUCCCGAUGUUGGCUUGAAACCUGUAUGGUACGGUCCUAAAGUUUUCAUAGAAGGUGCUGACGCAGAGACUUUCUCAGAGGGUGAGAUGGUUACAUUUAUAAAUUGGGGCAACAUCAACAUAACUAAAAUAUACAAAAAUGAAGAUGGAAAAGUUGUAUCUCUUGAUGCAAAAUUGAAUUUGGAAAACAAAGACUACAAGAAAACAACUAAGAUUACAUGGCUUGCUGAGACAUCGCAUGCACUUCCUACUCCAGCUAUCUGUGUCGCUUAUGAGCACUUGAUCACAAAGCCUGUACUGGGAAAAGAUGAGGACUUUAAGCAGUAUGUCAACAAGAACAGUAAGCGUGAAGAACUAAUGCUAGGGGAUCCAUGCCUUAAGGAUUUGAAAAAAGGAGACAUUAUUCAGCUCCAGAGAAGAGGAUUCUUCAUAUGCGAUCAGCCUUAUGAACCUGUAAGCCCACAUAGUUGCAAAGAAGCUCCAUGCAUUUUAAUAUAUAUUCCUGAUGGACAUACAAAGGAAAUGCCAACCUCUGGGUCAAAGGAAAAGACCAAAGUAGAAACCACAAAACAUGAGAUAACUUCUCCUCUUAAGGAAAGGCCAUCAUCUCCUUCCCUGAAUAAUACGUGUGCUACAUCUGAGGAUUCCUUGGCCCUUUACAACAGAGUGGCUAUUCAAGGGGAUACAGUGCGUGAAUUAAAAGCCAAGAAAGCAGCAAAGGAAGACAUAGAUGCGGCAGUUAAACAGCUUUUGGCUCUGAAAGCUGAAUAUAAAGAAAAAACUGGCCAAGAAUACAAACCUGGAAGUCCUCCAGCUGCAGUAGUACAGAAUGUUUCCAUAUCACCAGCAAGCACUGUGGACAGCAAAUCUCUCUAUGAUAAAGUUGCUGCACAAGGAGAGGUGGUUCGAAAGCUGAAAGCUGAAAAGGCCCCUAAGGCCAAAGUAAAUGAAGCAGUAGAGUGUUUACUCUCCCUGAAAGCUGAAUAUAAAGAAAAAACUGGGAAGGAAUACAUACCUGGUCAGUCCCCAUCAUCUCAAAGUUCAGAUUCAGGUUCUGUCAAAAAUACUGGUACUGCUGGUCCAGAAACAUCGGAAGCAAAAGCGUUUUUUGACAAAGUAGCUUGUCAGGGAGAAAUAGUUCGAAAGCUUAAAGCUGAAAAAGCCUCUAAGGAUCAAGUAGAUGCAGCUGUGCAAGAACUCCUUCAGCUGAAGGCACAGUACAAGUCUUUGACAGGAGUAGAGUAUAAGCCCGUGUCAGCCACUGGAGCUGAGGACAAAGAAAAGAAGAAGAAAGAAAAAGAAAAUACAUCUGAAAAGCAGAGUAAACCUCAGAAACAAAAUGAUGGUCAAAGGAAAGACCCUCCUAAGAACCAGGGGAGUGGGCUGUCAUCAAGUGGAGCAGGCGAAGGGCAAGGGCCAAAGAAACAAACCAGAUUGGGUCUUGAGGCAAAAAAAGAAGAAAAUCUUGCGGAUUGGUAUUCUCAAGUCAUUACAAAGUCAGAAAUGAUUGAAUACUAUGAUGUGAGUGGCUGUUAUAUUCUUCGACCAUGGUCAUAUUCCAUUUGGGAAUUCAUUAAGGACUUUUUUGAUACUGAGAUUAAGAAACUUGGUGUUGAAAACUGCUAUUUCCCCAUAUUUGUGUCUCAAGCUGCAUUAGAGAAAGAGAAGAAUCAUGUUGCUGACUUUGCCCCUGAGGUUGCUUGGGUUACAAGAUCUGGCAAAACAGAGUUGGCGGAACCAAUUGCCAUCCGGCCUACCAGUGAAACAGUCAUGUAUCCUGCAUAUGCAAAAUGGGUGCAGUCACACAGAGACCUGCCCAUCCGGCUCAAUCAGUGGUGCAAUGUGGUGCGUUGGGAGUUCAAGCACCCCCAGCCUUUCCUCCGGACUCGUGAAUUCCUUUGGCAGGAAGGGCACAGUGCAUUUGCUACCUUUGAAGAAGCAGCAGAAGAGGUCUUACAGAUACUUGAGUUAUAUGCUCGAGUAUAUGAAGAACUCCUGGCAAUUCCUGUUGUGAGAGGAAGGAAGACUGAAAAGGAAAAGUUUGCAGGAGGAGACUAUACAACAACAGUAGAAGCAUUCAUAUCUGCUAGUGGGAGAGCUAUCCAGGGGGCAACAUCACAUCAUUUAGGCCAGAAUUUUUCUAAAAUGUGUGAAAUCAUUUUUGAAGAUCCAAAAUCACCUGGUGAGAAGCAAUUUGCCUAUCAAUGUUCCUGGGGACUGACAACGCGAACCAUUGGUGUUAUGAUCAUGGUGCAUGGGGACAACAUGGGCUUGGUACUGCCACCUCGUGUAGCUUGUGUUCAGGUGGUGGUUAUUCCUUGUGGUAUUACAAAUACACUUUCUGAAGAAGACAAAGAAGCUCUGAUGGCCAAAUGCAAUGAUUAUCGACAGAGAUUGCUCAAUGUUAACAUUCGAGUUAGAGUCGAUUUGCGAGAUAACUACUCUCCAGGCUGGAAGUUCAAUCACUGGGAGCUCAAGGGAGUACCAAUUAGACUUGAAGUUGGGCCACGUGAUAUGAAAAGCUGUCAGUUUGUAGCUGUCAGACGAGAUACUGGAGAAAAGCUAAUAAUUGCAGAAAAUGAAGCUGAAACUAAACUUCAAGCUAUUUUGGAAGAUAUCCAAGUUAACCUUUUCAGAAGGGCUUCUGAAGAUCUUAAGACUCAUAUGGUUGUGGCUAAUACAUUAGAAGAUUUUCAGAAGAUACUGGAUUCUGGAAAGAUUGCUCAGAUUCCAUUCUGUGGGGAAAUUGACUGUGAAGACUGGAUCAAAAAGACCACUGCCAGGGAUCAGGAUCUUGAACCUGGUGCUCCAUCCAUGGGAGCUAAAAGCCUUUGUAUCCCUUUCAAGCCACUCCGUGAGCUGCAGCCUGGAGCCAAAUGUGUCUGUGGCAAGAACCCUGCCAAAUUCUACACCUUGUUUGGUCGGAGUUACUGAAAGAUAAAACAAACGUCACUCUCUAGUCCUCCUGACUUUUUAAAAAGUUGAUACUAAUAAUCUUCUCAUACACUUUUUUGAUUUUUUAAAAUAAAAGGAGGUCACAUGGAUGAACAGCUAUUCUUAUGAAUAAAUUAACAAUGAAAAGAUUUUUCUGUAAACAACUCCAGUAAUAAAUAUCAUGAACUAA